GAGAAGCUUCCCUCUGCUUCCACAACUUCUCACCAGAGCUGGCGAUAGACUUUUCGGCAAUCCAUUCUUCUGUAAUCAGUUCUGUGGCUGCUUGCAUCUGAUUUUAUUGACUCGUUAACUGUUCCCUAUUAAAGUUCUCAAGAUCUGGAAAAUUGGAUACAUCUUGUUGGUGAAUGAAUAAAUGGAUAAGACGACAAUGCAAUCAAACCAUAGCCUUUUAAAUAGAGUCAGAUGUGCACAUUGUGCUGGUCCUCUCUCCAAUGAGAUGGAGACUAGCCAGUGGACAGUUGCACCGCUUAUAAGAGACAGCUUUUCUAUGAUUGGUUCUGCUGUGGGUGGCACUGCAAGUGCAUUUUAUGGCUUCAACCAUGUGAUGCCUAUUGUUCGAAAGUGGAUUAAAGGUCCCAUGUGGUUACAUUUCCUCGUUGGGGCUCCGCCUGUUAUUGUUUUCUCAUCAGCAUGUGCAGGAUUGGCAGGUGGUGCCGUUCCAGCAGUCGCACAACUUGCAUCAUCUUCUUACCAUGCUGUCAUGUCAUCAUCAUCUUCUUCUUCCUCAUUACAGUCUACCUGCUCGGCAGUGCAAGACCAGAAGAAGAUUAGCAAGGCCCCAUCACCCUCUACACUAAAGCACUGAUAUAUAUUUAAACCACAUGACUUCUUGGUGCACCCUUCGCCCACAGGCUUAUCUUCACUUCAUGGUGGAUAAGAUAUCUCCUGCCCCAUUCAGGUGGACCAAACUCAUUGGACGCAAUUUCUACCAUACUAAAUUUGCCGUGAGUUGUGUUUACAUUAGUAUUGGCAUUUAGCUGGUUUGAGAUGAAGAAUUCAGGACACGAUUUAUACCUAUAUUAUUCAUGAGAUAUGUCUAUAUGUAGGCUGUAGCUAUAGGAUACUGCAGAUUUUAAGCUGCGUUUAUGAUUUAACAGCAACGUAUAUUCUUUCUUUUGUCUCCGAGUGGAGCUCAAAGUGUCUUCACUGAUGUCAGCUUACAGCUCUUCUGGAAGGUUCAAUUGGUCAUACUGGGAUAAUUUCAUGCUCUUUUGCACUAAAAGCAUAAUAUUACUCUAUCC